GCGGAAGCUAGACAUCAAAGAAAUUUGGUGGUCAGUGCGGUGAAUGCUUGAUUGAGCCAGGAUAGCCACGAUGAUGUGUCGCGCGCCAGCCCGCAUCCUCCGAACCGUCAGGGGUAAACAUUCGAGAACCCUCACGGUCAGAUCCAGGCCGGUGAUAGAAACCAUGGCGCCUAAGCGCAAGUCGAGCGCCAUCACAGACGGCGCGGCAGACGCCGACGCAGCCGCGCCUCGCCGAUCCUCGAGGCGUCUGAAAGGCGCGGACCCGCUGCCGGCCGACGAGAAGAAGCCCAGCAAGAAAACCGGCUCAGCCGCUAAGAAAAGCAGCACGGCCAGUAGAACGCAGGCGAAGCCGUCCUCGGCCGCCGAGAAAAAAGACGCGUCGUCAAAUGGCGGCACUGAAACCCAGGGAACGGCAGACCGAGAGGAGAGGCGGUACUGGUUGAUGAAGGCCGAGCCCGAGACGCGGCUCGAGAAUGGCCACGAUGUUAGCUUUUCCAUCGACGACCUCGCAUCGAAGACAGUACCAGAGCCAUGGGAUGGUAUCCGGAACUAUGUUGCUCGCAACAAUCUAAGGGCCAUGAAAAAAGGCGACCUGGCUUUCUUCUAUCACUCCAACUGCAAGGAGCCCGGCAUUGUGGGCACCAUGGAGGUGGCUCAAGAGCAUUCACCCGAUCUGACGGCGCACGAUCCCAAAGCUCCGUACUACGACAAGUCUUCGAAGCCUUCGGACCCCAAAUGGAGCGUCGUGCACGUCGUAUUCCGGAGCAAGUUCGCGAGCAGUAUCACACUCAAGGAGCUGCGCGAGAUGGGUGGGCCGGGCAAGCCGCUGCAGAAUAUGCAAAUGCUUAAACAGACCCGCCUAAGCGUCAGCAACGUUUCCCAGGAGGAAUGGGAUCACCUGAUGUCAGUGGCGGUCGAGAAGGAUUCCGUAGUCGGCGAAGAGUAGAAUAUGUGCGCGUAAUUUGUAGCGAGGGCCCAUUGUGUUUAGAUUAGAACAACAGUCAAGCAAAACAAAAACAAAAACAAAAACAAAUGGCUAGCGAGCUUAUGGAAGCUCAAAAUAGCAACGCAUCUCAACGUGGGAAAGGUAUCGAUCAAGGAAAACACCAGAAGAAUUCAGGCACGCACAAACCACAG